GAUUUUAUGGAAGACCUUGGGUUAUGGAACAGAGGAAAGAACUUUUUAGAAGGCUUCAGAAGUGGGGACUAAAUACAUACCUGUAUGCUCCAAAGGAUGACUACAAGCACAGGAUGUUCUGGCGAGAAAUGUACUCUGUGGAGGAAGCGGAGCAGUUAAUGACUCUAAUAUCAGCUGCACGAGAACAUGAAAUAGAGUUCAUCUAUGCAAUCUCACCUGGACUUGACAUCACUUUCUCCAAUCCUAAAGAGGUGUCCACACUGAAACGCAAGCUGGACCAGGUUUCCCAGUUUGGCUGCAGAUCUUUUGCACUGCUGUUUGAUGAUAUUGAUCACAACAUGUGUGCAGCAGACAAAGAAGUUUUCAGUUCCUUUGCUCAUGCUCAAGUCUCGAUCACAAAUGAAAUUUAUCAAUAUCUAGGAGAACCAGACACAUUCCUUUUCUGUCCUACAGAGUACUGUGGAACUUUUUGUUAUCCAAAUGUUGCCCAGUCACCAUAUUUACGGACUGUAGGAGAAAAGCUGCUUCCUGGCAUUGAGGUGUUAUGGACAGGUCCGAAAGUUGUAUCUAAAGACAUUCCAGUAGAGUCCAUUGAAGAAGUUUCUAAGAUCAUUAGGAGAGCACCAGUUAUCUGGGAUAACAUUCAUGCUAAUGAUUAUGAUCAAAAGAGGCUUUUUCUUGGGCCUUACAAAGGUCGGUCAACUGAGCUCAUCCCUCGACUAAAGGGAGUUCUGACCAAUCCAAACUGUGAAUUUGAAGCCAAUUAUGUUGCUAUUCACACGCUUGCAACCUGGUACAAGUCUAACAUGAAUGGAGUGAGAAAAGAUGUGGUGAUGACUGAUACUGAAGACAGUACAGUUUCUAUCCAGAUUAAAUUGGAAAAUGAGGGGAGCGAUGAAGAUAUUGAAACAGAUGUUCUCUACAGCCCACAGAUGGCCCUGAAGCUGGCCUUAACGGAAUGGUUGCAGGAAUUUGGGGUACCUCAGCAAUACAGCAGUAGGCAAGUGGCCCACAGUGGUGCUAAAACUACUGUAGGGGAUGUAGGGCCUCUGGUGGCACCAUCCUCUUUAAAUGCAGCAACUGUAGUUACCACAGUUUACCAAGAACCCAUCAUGAGUCAGGGGGCAGCGCUGAGCAGCGAGUCACCGGCCUUGGUAAAGGAGGAAGAGAAGAAGCAAUCUGAUGAGGAACCAAUGGACAUGGUGGUGGAAAAACAAGAUGAUGCAGACAAGAAUGCUAAUCAGAUACUGACAGAUAUUGCCGAAGCCAAGAUGGCAGAGGAGUUGAAGCCAAUGGAUACCGAUAAGGAGAGCAUAGCUGAAUCGAAGUCCCCAGAGAUGUCUAUGCAGGAAGACUCUGGUAGUGACAUUGCCCCUAUGCAGACUGAUGAGCAAAUUAACAAAGAACAAUUUGUGCCUGGGCCAAAUGAAAAACCUCUCUACACAGUAGAACCAGUCACUUUAGAGGACUUGCAGCUUCUCGCUGACUUGUUUUACCUUCCUUAUGAACACGGGCCCAAAGGUGCACAGAUGCUGAGAGAAUUCCAGUGGCUUAGAGCAAAUAGCAGUGUUGUCAGUGUUAAUUGCAAAGGAAAGGAUGCUGAAAAAAUAGAAGAAUGGCGUAACCGAGCAGCCAAGUUUGAAGAGAUGUGCAGCUUGGUGAUGGGGAUGUUCACUCGUCUCUCCAAUUGUGCCAACAGGACAAUCCUUUAUGACAUGUACUCCUACGUGUGGGAUAUCAAGAGUAUUAUGUCAAUGGUGAAAUCUUUUGUGCAGUGGUUAGGUAGAAUAAUUGCAGAACGACCUUUCAAUGGGCCUGGCCCAGAGGAAGCCGAUCCUCCCAGCCCUGUGCGCAUGCGAGCUUUAGC